CUUGUGGAAGCGGAAAAGGGCAAAAUGGGCAGGUAGCAGUGAAGUACGGUGGUAAACUUUCGUUUUCCGAAACAGAAAUUCGUUUCACUUCCUGCAAAAAGGAAAAGAAGAAGAAGAAGAAGAAGAAGGAGAAUUUUUACUAAUAAGGGGUCAGCGAAGUUUCCCUGUAAGAUUUGGCUGUGGGGAUUCAGCGUGCAUUACAGCCUCAUGACUUCUUCUGCAAACGAUCUUUCUGAUAAUAGUGAAGCUGAUGAGCAGCAAAAACACUCCGAAUCUCAGAUUCAUGCAACUGGAAUGUCUCUUUCUGGUAUCACUACUCCAAAUGCUCAGUAUCCAACACCUCCGCAGCUUGGAGCAGGACAUGCUAUGGCACCAGCGGCCUACCCAUAUCCAGAUCCUUAUUAUAGAAGCAUCUUUGCUCCCUAUGAUGCACAGCCGUAUCCUCCACAGCCCUAUGGUGGGCAACCAAUGGUCCACCUUCAGUUGAUGGGAAUUCAGCAAGCUGGGGUUCCUUUGCCAUCAGAUGCAGUUGAGGAACCUGUGUUUGUGAACGCAAAACAAUAUCAUGGCAUCCUGCGACGUCGACAGUCGCGUGCAAAAGCUGAAUCAGAAAAUAAAGCUCUCAAGUCUCGGAAGCCAUAUUUGCAUGAAUCUCGACAUUUGCAUGCACUCAGAAGAGCUAGGGGAUGUGGGGGUCGGUUUGUAAAUUCGAAGAAAAAUGAGAACCAACAGAACGAGGCGGCAGCAGGUGACAAAUCGCAGUCCAAAAUCAAUCUAAACUCUGAUAAAAGCGAUAUUGCUUCCUCGGAUGGCACAUCCUGAAUUUGGAAGCAAUGACAAAGCACACAAAGGGCUGGCUCAAACCGGUUUUUCAUCAACGAUGUCCAUUAAACCAAGGUUCGGUACCAGCCCUAUGGGUCUCAGUCAGUAUUGCUUCAGUCUGGAUCUAAACUUAGAAAUUCAGAAUCAUGUAUAGGUUAUCCCGUAGUGAGUUUGUAGGGAGGUACUAGAUAUAGUAUUAUUGAAGCAGCGACUCUUUUUAUGUUAUCCUUGAUGGAUUUCCUUUUAGGCUUAGCUCUGUUUUUUUUUUUGGGUCCCUUCGAGAGUGGUGGUAAUGUCUACUGUGUGAGCAUUUCUUUGCAGUUAAACAUGUGGCGAGUUCAGGACUUUCUAACACAAAAUUUGAUUCCUGUUGAUUGUUUGGUUUGGUUAUGUUUCAUCAGCCCUUUGAUUCCAUUGUUGUCAAGUGGGAGAAUAAGUUAAGUUAGAAUGGUUUAAUUGAAAUUGGUGUUGAUGUCCU